AUGCAGUUCUCUACCGCCUUCGUCAUCCUGGCUCUCGCUGUUUCCGUCUCUACUGCUCCAACACGCCGUGAGUCGAGCUUCGCACUUCAGAAUGGGCAGGAUGCUAUUUCUCAAAACGAGAAGUUCAAGACACUCACCAUGGCGGACACGUGCGAUACGGGCGACCAGGCCUGUGUGGGUGGCGAUUUCGCCCAGUGUGUCAACGGGGCAUGGGUAGCCCAAGCGUGCGGAAGUGGCGAAACUUGCGCAGCGCUUCCUUUGGUCAAUAGUAAAGGCACUAGUAUCACUUGCGACACUCAAUCCGACAUAGACGCCAGAAUUGCAGCUACUGGUGCAACUAGCUUUGCAAGCUCGAGCGCUGGGGCUGCGUCCACUUCUACUUCUUCUGUUGCUGGAGGUUCGACCGCGGCAGCCAGCGCUACCACCUCGUCAACUGCCACCAAGACCGGUUCUUCGACUGCUGCUGCUGCCUCGUCCACCAGCACUGAUGACGCACAGAACUCUCUAACAUUGCUCUCUUCGGUAGUCGCGACCGGCUUCGAGUCAGACGGUCAAGCAAACGCCACAGCUGGCCAAGUCGCAUCAUUGACCUCGUCCAACAACUUCAUUAACUUCUGCGCCACCGUCGAUCUGCCCAUCACCAAUGGCCAACAGAUCACCACAGGAUCAUGCAACCCUGCUCCUAUGGGUGUCAUCGCCGCAUCUACCAACAUGCCCUCUUCCAAGUUCACGUCCCCCAAGAACCUUGACACCAUCCAGUCCAAUACCGACUUCAAUGUCAGCAUGGCCGUCAAGAACCUCGUCACCGGCAACUUCGUUAAUGCAGCCUCGAACUAUUACUCUGCACCCCAACAAGUCGAUGAUUCUGGCAACGUUGUCGGACAUACGCACAUCGUGAUCGAGACUCUUGACUCACUCACGCAAACCACUGUCACCGAUCCGACCAAGUUUGCGUUUUUCAAGGGUGUGGAUGGAGCCGCUGUCAAUGGAGAGGUCACUGUGGCGGUGACUGGGGGUUUGCCGGCUGGGGUCUACAGGAUGGCCAGCAUCAAUUCAGCUGCGAACCACCAACCUGUCCUGGUAGCCAUUGCACAAAGGGGCGCUCUUGACGAUAUGAUCUACUUCACCGUAUCCGACGAUCCCUCUGCCGCAUCAUCCUCCGCCGCUACUUCUGCCACCGCCAAAAGUGCCGCCACUACAACGGCGUCUUCCAAGUCCAGUACGAAGACAGGUUCUUCUUCUACCUCGACGUCAACGUCUUCUGCCUCCAAGGAUUGA